AAUUGCAUUUUCGUCCAAACGCUUCCAGCGUACCAAACGGUGCCUUAGCUUCGUACAACCAAACGUGUCCUUAGUUUCGCACGCUGCCCUCCUCACACCUCACUUGUUCGGCGACUUCCUCCGUGGCUCAGAUCAGAGACGCUCAGCCUCCUCCUCCUUCUCCUCCUCCUCCUUCUCCUCCUCACUUCUCAGUUUAGUCCGUCCGCUCGACCUCGUUCUUCGUCUUCGUUCUUCACUCCGAUCACGAGUUACGGCCCCAAUCCUGCUUUAUCUUCGUUCUUCUUCGUCUUCGUUAGUCCGAUCGCAAUCGCCAGUCACGGGCGUGAGUCAUCUAGAAGAUGCCCUUAGCUCAAGAUCCAUUCUAUGUUGUGAAGGAAGAGAUUCAAGAAUCUAUUGAUAAGUUGCAAUCUACUUUUCACCAAUGGCAAAGUACUCCUUCUGGUGCUGGAGAGCGAGCGAAUCUUUCAAAGGAGCUGCUUACUAGUUGCGAAAGCAUUGAGUGGCAGGUAGAUGAAUUGGACAAAGCAAUUUCUGUGGCAGCUAGAGAUCCUUCUUGGUAUGGCAUUGAUGAUACGGAGCUUGAAAAUCGCAGGAGAUGGACCAGCACUGCUCGUACCCAGGUGGGCACGGUGAAGAAAACAGUUGACACUGGAAAGGGAUCAAAUUUGGCAAGCCGUGGUAAUGUAGAAAUGCACCGAGAACUGAUGAGGCUCCCCAAUUCCCAUCAAGUUGACACAUCUAACCAGUACACUGCCCAUGAUAAUGAUGAUUUCAUAUCAUCUGAAUCGGAUAGACAGCUGCUUCUAAUAAAGCAACAAGAUGAGGAGUUGGAUGAGCUUAGUGCCAGUGUACAAAGAAUUGGAGGUGUUGGGCUCACAAUACAUGAAGAACUCCUUGCACAGGAAAAGAUUAUUGAUGACCUGGGUGCUGAAAUGGACAGUACAUCAAAUCGUCUAGAUUUUGUCCAGAAAAAGGUGGCAAUGGUGAUGAAGAAGGCUGGUGCGAAGGGCCAGAUCAUGAUGAUACUGGCCUUAUUGGCUCUGUUCAUUUUCCUUUUCAUUUUGGUAUUCUUGACCUAGUCAUUAAGUUGGGCCCAGUCUAUGCGCUUUUCAUAGUUGGAAAGGGGUCUCAGUUUUUUGGGGAUGCCAGACUCUUGAGACGAUGGCAUAUUGUCUGUUUAUUAAAUGAUAGCCUUCUUGGUUUUAAAAGGAAGUUUACUGAAUCUGAUUGUGAAGAAAAAUAGAAGCAAUGUACGUUUGGAGUCGCCAUAGUUUUGAGAUUUUUGGUUCUGUGUAACUUGGAUUACAGUAUCAUAUGCACUGAUUUGUAUUCUUUAUUCUUAUCAGUGAUUCUCCACCACAUGUAAUAUUUGAUCAGUGAUUUUAGUU